AUGGCGUCUGGCAGAUGUCUGAUGUGUGGCGUGUUGGCGUGUGCAAGCUCUUUGAUACAGCUCGUGGUCUUCUCUUCCAUCUACGGCGUCGCCAAGGUGAACGUGCAGUUCUGGCGAGCUGCGCCGACUGUGAAGGUUGCGGCAGAGCCAGCGAAGCCGGCAACCCCUUCGGCUGCCAAAAGCACUGCUCAGCCUGCGUUGAGACCGGUGAAGCCGCCGCCUCCUGCGCGCCCAGCGCAGAAGAGGAAGAAGCCCACGUCGAGAGAGGUCUUCGGCACGGUGUGCCCUUCCGCGCAGUUCUAUGGGGGCUACAGGAAUGGUCAAGGCGGGAAGCUACCUGACGGCGAGGGCGGCUUCAUGGUGUGCGACACCGGCGGGUUGCGAGAGGCCGCGCAGAGCGCGGCCGGCUGCUUGGUGUACUCCGUGGGAAGUGAUGGGGAGUUCUCUUUUGAGAGGGCGGUGCACAAGGAGAUCUCCGAGAAGUGUGAGAUACACACUUUCGAUGCUUAUCCCAUCGAGAAGUACUUGGACAAGAGCUACAACCCUGGCUAUCCUCAUGAUCCUGUUCCCAGUUUCGUGACAUACCACGCGAUAGCGCUCGACGAAAACAAUAACAUCGAUAGCCUGAUGCAGAGCCUGGGGCACUAUGGCCAGACGAUAAGCCUGCUGAAGGUGAGUUGCAAUGGCUGCGAAGUUGCAUCGCAUCUCGGUUGGCUUGCUGGUGGUACCAAGAUUGACCAAGUGGUGGUCCGUCAGGCGCGACCCGAUGACGACUCCGUGGCGAGCUUUCUGAACUCGAGCGGCUACGGCUGCUUUCAAGGUGGAGACGGCUUCCACUUAUUGGGCUGCAUCAAGCUGCCCUUGCGGAGUUCGGCUCUGGUUCCGCAGGAGACAGCCAGGAAAAAGACUGUUCUGAGGAUACCGCCUCCGUCAAAGAGCUCCGUUUGCAUGGUGGUUCCGGUAUAUCCGCCUCACUUUGCGGCGCUUGCAGCACGCAUGGAGAUGGUCAAGCGAACGAACAUCGGCCCUCCUGUGAAGUCCGUCAUCGUCUUCGGAGACGACUCCGAGUAUGCGGACUUCUGCGCAAAGAACGCGGACAUCUGCGCGGACGACGAGUUCCACCCCAUGACCUUGGAGGAGCUGAUUGGCUUCGAGGCUCACACGAAGCUGAAGCGCAUGCUGGAAUUGCAGCAUCCUCCGGUUAGAUUCCGGUACAAGGGUGACCGGCGUGGUUGUUGGUCAAAGACUGGCGGGCGCGUCUACCAGACGGUGAAGAAGUUCUACGGGGUGGCUUACGGACCUGCCGAGUGUCAGACCUACUGGGUUUGUGAUGCCGAGUCCCUACCUUUCCGCAAGCACAACCUGGCGGAGCAUUUAGCCCUAAACGCAAAAACGCCAAGAAUCGUUGUAAGCUCCUGGCACGAUGAGCCGGACUGCGCCAAAGUGGCUGCGGACGAUGGGACCGACCAGUCCUGCGCGAUCAUGAUGACCAACAAAACAAACGGCAUGCGCUUCAAGAAUGACACUGCGCCCUCUGUCUGGACGCCUGCCCGUUGGAAGCAAAUAUUCCAGAAUGUGGACCAGUGGUGGUACUACGAUCGAACCGUAACGGCAGACUGGCUCAAGUUUAUGGAAGAGUCAGCUGACAUGCCAGCUUGGUCUGUUUUCGGCUUCUAUGAGCUGUCCGACAUGUCAAUGUACGGCAUGAUGAUGCACUGGUCGGCUUUUCAUGCUCAUGUCGGGCGAACAAAGAUCGUGAACAUCAGGGAAGAGAUCCGCAAAGUGGAUGCUGCUGCUUUCGCCAAGUGCUGCAGCUGUUCUGCACAUCCGACACCGAACGGGGCACCUCCCCCGUGCUCAACCGCCCCAGAACUCUUCAGGGGCUGCCUGUUGCAGAUACCGUUCCGUCGGCGUUUGGAGAUUGCUGUCGAGCGGCUUGGGUUCUUUGGCUUCUCCAACUACAACCGCUUCACCCUGAUUCCCGAUUCCGCGUACAACCAGGUGACGGAUGCCGGCCACGGCCUCCACUGGUGCUACAUCAACUGCUUCAAGACGAACGCCAUGAGCAAGAUACUGGCACUCGAGAAUGUGGACGUCGAGGGCAUCAACAAGGUGAAGGAUGCCUUCAUCCACACGAACGUCUGA